AUGUCACCCAUUCUGUCUCUCGAAGGAAAGACCGCCAUCGUCACUGGAGGCGCCGGAGGCCUGGGUCUUGCCAUAACAGACCUCUUCCUGGAAGCAGGAGCAAACGUGGUCGCAAUCGACAUUAACACGGAACUGGUGCAGAAGUUUGAAGCUUCUCACGAUAAGUCGAAAGCAGUUGCCAUCGAGGCGAAUGUGACGUUGGAGGAGGACCUACAGGAUCUGUUCAAAACGACCAUCAAGCGAUUUGGUCAGAUUGACAUUAUUGUCAACAAUGCAGGACUUACUGAUCGUCUUGAUGGUUUUGCUAACUUUCUUUCAUCGAANGAUCCGGUAGGCUCGCUGGAGAAAGAUCUCUGGGACCGCAUCAUUGCAGUCAAUCUGACAGCUCCCAUGAUGGUUACCAAGCUCGGCGUUAACCACAUGUUGGAGAAGUCGAUCAAGGGCUCGAUCAUUAAUAUCGGAUCAGUGGCCGCUCUGCGCGGAUUUGCAGCUGGCGCUGCUUAUACUUCAUCCAAGCAUGGCCUCGUGGGGUUGACGAAAAACACAGCUGCAUUCUACACUGACAAGGGUAUCCGAUGCAACGCUGUGCUCCCUUCAGGAAUGGAGACCAACAUCUCCAAGACCAUCACGAGUAUCAACGACGAGGGAUACUGCCAUAUGAUGAAGGGGCCUGUGACCAUGGUCAACCCUAAGGAGGUUGCUCAGACUGUUCUGUUCCUAGCCUCAGACGCCUCGAACACUGUGAGCGGAUCCUGUAUCGCGACGGACCUUGGCUACGCGGCUUCCUGA